AUGGUUGCAGUUUUUGCUACAAAAAAUUUGUUUGGUCAUGAUUUUGAAAAGUCAUCUGAUGUUAUAACGGACACCAUUGCUGGAUUCGUGCGAGGUCUUAUGUCCUUUUCAUUGAACAUCCCUGGUACUAGAUUCUACAAAUGUAUGACGGAUAAGGACAAGUUAGAAAAGGUAAUAAGAGCAAUGUUAAAGGAGAGAAUAGCUUGCCCAGAGGAAAAGAAAGGGGACUUCCUUGAUCAUGCGGUGAAAGACUUGAACACUGACUUCUUCUUGACAGAGAAUUUCAUCCUACCGAUCACCAUUGGAGCUUUGUUUGCUACCGUUGAGUCCAUAUCCACGACCAUAACACUGUCUUUUAAGUUAUUUGCAGAACACCCUUGGGUGGUGGAGAAUCUAGCGGCGGAGCAUGACAUUCUUCUCAAAAACAGAGAGAAUAAGGAAUCUCCACUGACAUGGGAUGAAUAUAAAUCCACGUUUGCUACCAUGCAUGUUAUUAAUGAAAUGCUGAGAUUGGGAAAUGUUUCUCCUGGGAUACUAAGAAGAACACUGAAAGAUAUCAAUUAUAAUGGUUAUACAAUUCCAGCAGGUUGGGCCAUUAUGAUUGUCACUUGUACUCUUCAACUAAAUCCCAACGUAUUUAAGGAUCCACUUGCAUUCAAUCCGAGACGUUGGAAGGACAUUGAUCCACAAACCGCAUCAAAGAAUUUUAUGCCUUUUGGUGGAGGGAUAAGACAAUGCGCAGGUGAAGAGUUCUCCAAGGCAUUUUUUGCCACCUUCCUACAUGUUUUAGUCAGUGAAUGCAAGUGGACGAAAAUUAAGGGAGGAGAUAUAGCCCAAACACCUAUGUUACAAUUUCAAGAUGGCAUGUAUAUCGAGGUCUCUAAGAAACAUGCAUGAUUAUGGAACACCACCAGUAUUCAAAUGUAGUAUUUAUUUUUCUUAUUUGGUGUUUGUAUCCGUGUUUGUGUUAAAGUUUAUAAAAACUAUGAUGGCCAACACUGAACUGGAG